UAAAGGUAUAUAGUAUUUUGAAAUUCUUGCAACUGAAGAGCUAUAUGAUGCCCUGUUUAUUUUCAAGUUCUGCGUUUAAUUUUUUUGGUUGGAUAGAAUUUUACCUUCAUCAAAAUCUUUGGCCAGGAAAACUAGAUGCUAAUUUUGGUGUUUCUUCAACUACUACGCUUUCAAAUGUUCUUAGGGAGUUGUUCAAGGAAGCUUGUAAUGUAGAAAGCCUGUUUUCAACCACACUGAGAGGGCUGAACUGCUGCAGGAUUCGCCAUCUAAAAAUAGAUGGUUUCCUUUGCGCUCUGUGAAUGCUAGAAGAAGUAAUAGACGGUGAUAACUGGUACGCUUCGACAAGGUUUGCUUAUCAUUGUCUCUACUAUGUGCAUACCUUUCCAUUGUGUUUAUGUAAAUAGUAAGAUAAUAUGGAAAAAUGGUAGAAAUGAGAUACGGUAAACUUCUAGCAAUUCCUGAAGGAUUUUGUAGUAGAAGGCCCUGGUGUCCAUUUAUGCAGCAGCAACAGAUGAUAUUGUUACUAUGGAAUCUCUGUAGUCAUGUUUAAUGCAGCAAAGAAGGCAUUCAAUACUUCAACGCUAUUAAAGAGCAAAGAGAACUUGGCGAGGUUUGCGAGUUUUGCAAGUAGCUCAGCCGGACUAUGUGUAUUCCCUUUGCCCAGGCAUGGAGACUGUAGCUCCCAGCAGCCAAUAUCAGACCAAUGUUGAUACACUGAUCUCAUUUCUAUCAUCUAACACCACCAUUACGAGGAUUUUCCACUACACUACUGCUGGAAAUGGAGCCAAUCAGGUUUACGGUGCCUUUUUUUGUCGUAUUGACCAAACUAUUGUGUUCUGCGAAGAAUGUAUCUCCUUGGCCAUUGAUUCCUUGAAUGCCCAUUGCCGUGGGAGAAGAGAAUCAAUAGUGUGGUAUGAUCAAUGUUUGGUGCGAUACUCCAAUGAAUCUUUCUAUGGCAUUAUGGAUGAUGCUCCUAUGAUACCGAUGUGGAAUACACAGAAUGCUGUUGACAUACAGAAUGUUACGAGCAACCAGACAUCUUUUCUGCAAGCUCUACAAGGAGUUUUAAACGUUGUUUCAUCUGAAGCAGCAAGAGGUGCAUCUGGUCAAAAAUUUGCGACAGGAGAAGAUACGUUUGUGGGUAACUUGACGAGCAUCAACAUGAUCUACACGCUUGCUGAGUGCUCCCCAGAUAUAUCUGUGAGUGACUGCAAUGCUUGUCUCCAGAUGACCAUUGGCAACAUGACAGAGUUGUGCAAUAUGAAGGCAGGUUGUACUGUGAUGUGUCCCAAUUGUAAUAUAAAGUACGACAUAAAUGCUUUUUACGGAGAUGCCCUGACACCUACUUCAGGACCUUCAGCACCGCCCUUUCUCCAAGAUCCCCCUGCAGAGUCAGGGCGAAGAAAUGCAUUCAUUGCCGGCAUUUCCACUGUAUCUUUGGUGAUUCUACUUGGAGCUUGUAUUUAUUUGUGGAAGAGGAAGUGCAAGAAAGCAUUUACAGGGAAAUAUUUCGGACCAGCUCUUGUAAUAGAAGCAGAUGAGAUUGAAACUGUGGAGUCCUUGAAGUUCGGCUUGACCACACUACGGAAGGCAACCAAUGAUUUCUCUGCAGAUAAAAAGCUAGGAGAGGGUGGUUUUGGUGAAGUUUACAAGGGAAAGCUUGAAAAUGGACCAGAUAUAGCUAUAAAAAGACUUUCAAUCAACUCUAAACAGGGAAUUGGUGAAUUUAAGACUGAAGUUGUUCUAGUAGCAAAACUUCAGCACCGAAAUUUGGUCAAACUCUUGGGCUUUUGCUUAUCCAGAAAGGAAAAGAUACUUGUGUACGAGUUCUUGCCUAAUUCGAGUCUUGAUCGAUUUCUAUUAGAUCCAACAAAACGGGCAUCUUUAAAUUGGAGAACAAGACUUAAGAUUAUAGGAGGAAUUGCAAGAGGCCUUCUAUACCUCCAUGAAGAUUCUCGACUCAAGAUUGUGCAUCGUGAUCUGAAACCUAGUAAUAUACUGUUAGAUGAAGCUAUGAAUCCUAAGAUAGCAGAUUUUGGCAUGGCAAAGCUGUUUGGUUUGGAUCAAACUCAAGACAACACUGAUAGAAUCGUUGGAACAUUUGGGUACAUGGCUCCUGAAUAUAUAGUUGCUGGUCACUUUUCAGUUAAAUCAGAUGUCUACAGCUUUGGAAUCAUAGUUUUGGAGCUUGUGAGUGGUUUGAGGAACAAAUACUUCCGUCAACAAGGAGAUCAUGAGUCACUUCUAUACCAGGCAUGGACGCUGUGGAAUGAAGGGAUCCCAUUGAAGUUAACUGAUCCAACUUUUGGUGAUGAUUUUUCUGUUGAAGAAAUGACGAAGUGUAUCCACAUUGGAUUGUUAUGCAUCCAAGAAGAUGCAGCUAAGAGACCGCGAAUGACAUCAAUUGUUGGUGCGCUUAAUGGGGAGUCCAUCAGUCUGCCUUUACCAACCCCUCCUCUAUGUUUAACCGGUGGCGCAGAUGAUAACAGUAUCAAUGGUGGCUCAGAUCAACCUAAAAAUGCAUCAGGAGUACUGGAAAAUAUCACUGAACUGUAUCCUCGAUGAUGUUGGUUGUUUGUAGAGAUUUCCUACUUAAACAUAGAGAUGUAGCUGUAUAUAUAAGAUAUUGUAGCUAUACUAGUUUUUAACCCGUGCAAAAAAUGCACGGGAGCAUAUUUAUAUGUGAUAUCAUAAACUAUUUAUCAGAUAAAAAUGAGAUUGAUUGAAUCAAAUUGAAUUGACAACAAAUUAUGA